GCCAUCGCUUCCGGUUCAGCCCAGGAACGGCCCCCAGCGCUUAUGGCACCUGCUUCGCUGGCCAGCCCAUUGCAGCGCGUCUGCAGCAGUUUCGGUAGUGGGGAACUCAACUGCAGAUAAAGUUUUUCUGUUUCAGAGCCGGGCGGAUUGGGCCAGCCGUUCCUCUCUAACACAGACAACGAACUUUCGGGCGUUAUGGCCAGGGGCCGCAGCGGCCAGGCGGAUAUGAGGCCGCUGUUCGCUGCCGGCGCGCUCUCGUGGCUUCUGGGUCAGUCGGCGACCCCCUCAGCCUGAGCGCAACUCCUCCUCGUCCACGGGCCGCCUCGCGCCAGACCCCAUGGCCUCCGAGGCGCCGUCGCCUUCGUUGUCACUGUCACCACCUCCCUCCCCCGAGCCUGAGCUGGCCCAGCUGAGGCGGAAGGUGGAGAAGUUGGAACGUGAGCUGCGAAGCUGCAAGCGGCAGGUGCGGGAAAUCGAGAAGCUCCUGCAUCACACCGAGCGGCUGUACCAGAGCGCCGAGAGCACCAACCAGGAGCUCCGCACUCAGGUAGAGGAGCUCAGUAAAAUACUCCAUUGUGGGAGAAAUGAAGAUAAUAAAACAUCUGAUGUAGAGGUGCAAACAGAGAACCACUCUUCUUGGUCAAUCUCAGAUUAUUAUUAUCAGACUUACUAUAAGGAUGUUAGUCUUCCAGAUAAAGAAACUGAACUGUCAGUUCAGCAAGAUCAGGAUAUCGAAGCAUCCACUUUUAAUUCUAAAGAUCAGUCGCAAAUAGAAAAUGAGGCUUAUGCUGGUACUGAUACAGCAGAAAGUGUUAAAUGUGGACAAGAGGACCAUUUUGCCUCAGAUGCACAGGAACCAGCAUCUGCAUUAGCAACAGAAGAUACAUCCUUAGAAGGUCCAUCAUUAGCUGAAAGUUUGAGAGCUGCAGCAGAAGCUGCUGUAUCACAGACUGGAUUUAGUUAUGAUGAGAAUACCGGACUGUAUUUUGACCACAGCACUGGUUUCUAUUAUGAUUCUGAAAAUCAACUAUAUUAUGAUCCUUCUACUGGAAUUUAUUACUACUGUGAUGUGGAAAGUGGUCGAUAUCAGUUUCAUUCUCGAGUAGAUUUGCAAUCUUACCAGACUUCUGGCACAAAACAAAGUAAAGAUAAAAAAUUGAAGAAGAAAAGGAAGGAUCCAGAUUCUUCUAUAACAAACGAGGAAAAGGAUUUGAAUUCAGAAGAUCAAAAAACGUCCAGUAUUGAACAUGUAAGCUGCAGUGAGGGAGAAGAUUUUGCAAAUGUGAAAAAGAAAGCUAAAAUAGACAUUCGUUACAAAAACAGUCCCCUUCAAUUCACUGUUCCAGUUAGCAGACAAACUAUAGAAUCUCAUCUUAAUGAAAACAUCUAUAGUUCGACUUCUUUUAAAGAUGAGAAAAUCAUAGAGACUGAUAGUGAGCCAGAAGAAGGUGAAAUUACAGACUCUCAGACUGAGGACAGUUAUGAUGAAGACAUUACCAGUGAAAACAAUGAAACUGCAGAAGAUACUGAGGAUGAAGAUGAAGAAAAAAUUUGGCCCCCAUGUAUUAGAGUAAUUGUUAUUAGAUCACCAGUAUUGCAGACAGGAUCCCUGUUUAUCAUUACAGCUGUAAACCCUGCUACAAUUGGAAGAGAAAAAGAUAUGGAACAUACUCUCCGAAUCCCUGAAGUUGGUGUCAGUAAGUUUCAUGCAGAAAUUUAUUUUGACCAUGACUUACAAAGUUAUGUCCUAGUGGAUCAAGGCAGUCAAAAUGGUACAAUUGUUAAUGGAAAACAGAUUCUUCAGCCUAAAACUAAAUGUGAUCCUUAUGUACUUGAGCAUGGAGAUGAAGUAAAAAUUGGAGAGACUGUGCUGUCCUUUCACAUUCACCCUGGCAGUGAUACCUGUGAUGGUUGUGAACCAGGGCAGGUUAGAGCUCACCUUCGUCUUGAUAAGAAGGAUGAUUCUUUUGGAAAGAAUACAGACUAUGAAGAUGAAAAGGCACUGAAGAAUCCAAAAUAUAAAGACAGAGCUGGAAAACGUAGAGAGCAGAUUGGAAGUGAAGGAACUUUCCAGAGAGAUGAUGCUCCUGCAUCUGUUCACUCUGAAAUUACAGAUAGCAACAAAGGUCGGAAGAUGUUGGAGAAAAUGGGUUGGAGAAAAGGAGAGGGCCUUGGGAAGGAUGGUGGAGGAAUGAAAACUCCGAUCCAGCUUCAGCUUCGGCGAACACAUGCAGGCUUGGGGACAGGCAAGCCAUCCUCAAUUGAAGAUGUUCACCUUCUCCAGAACAAGAGCAAAAAAAACUGGGAGAAAGCACGAGAGAGGUUUGCUGAAAACUUCCCAGAAACUAAAUCUCAAAAAGAUGCACCAGGGACCGUGCCUUGGGUCAAAGGGACGGUAGAGUGAAGACAAAAAUAUCCUGCAGAAGCUGGGGUCCUUCAUCAUGGAGCUAAACAUGGACACCUGGCCCAGGAGUCAGAAAAACUGAAGGAGAAUUCAGAGAAGUAGAGCAAUUGUGAGCCCAGAUUCUGCUUCAUGCCGGAAAGUGAGUCAGCACAUAAUCAACAAGCCGGCUGAAAGCAGAGAAUCCAGUAGAGGAUGCUGGGAAGUCCUGGGGGAUGGCAGAGCCUCCAGAUGGAAGGAUUCCAUUGUGUGUGCCAGAAGAAAGUCUAGAGUGGACCCCCCGAGGAGAACCACUCAUCUCCCAGCUUUGAAGUCAACUUAAAGGACUAUAUGGUAACAGGUAUGCAUGGUACCUUUACAUCCAAAUAUUCUGCUUGCCGCUGCUGCUCCUCACGUAUAUUUCAGACCCCCCCACCCCCUAGCCAGCAGACUCUCAGGCUCCCCAGAACUGUGCUGGAGUUAACACAGCCACCCCACACAAAGUGUAUGUCUAUGGUAGCGUGUUGGGGUGGGGCACAUGUGUCUCUGGUCGGGGAGGGACACCGCAGGAGGAACUGGAGAGUCUCAGAAGGAAUCUAGGGAAAGGGGCUCAGGAAGGGAGCGGGCAGAAUGUUUGGGGGCUUCUGUAGACCUCUCCAUACAUCCAUGAAGUUGGAUAUUAGCACUCCCAGCUGACCCCAGGCCUGGCUUCUGAGCUCUGUGGGGGGCAAAACAGCAGUAUGCC